GCUACCAGUGUGGAGUUGCCAAAAGUGAAACUGAACGAUGGCCGGGAGAUGCCGGCGUUGGCGCUUGGCACCUAUCUCGGCUUCAACGAGCACGGUAUAAUCCGGCCCGAAGACCACCAGCUCCGCGACGUGAUUUCCCGCUCCAUCGACGUGGGUUACCGCCAUUUUGACACGGCGGCCGUGUACGGCACGGAGGCGGAGGUGGGGGAGGGGAUAGCGGCCAAGCUCAGGGAGGGAGUGAAGAGGAGUGAUAUAUUCGUCACCACUAAGUUGUGGAACACCCACCAUAAACGGGAGCAGGUGUCCGCGGCCCUGCAGCAGUCCCUCAACGCCACAGGACUCCACUAUGUGGACCUUUAUCUCAUGCACUGGCCCAUUGGAUUGAAUGAGGACUACAGUUACUCAGACGUGGACUUCAUGGAGACCUGGCGAGGAAUGGAAGACGCGCGCCGCCUGGGCCUCGUCAAGUCCAUCGGCGUCUCCAACUUCAACCAGGGACAGCUGGAACGGCUGCUCAAUGAGAGCAGCGUCAAACCCAGUGUGCUGCAAAUUGAGGUCCACCCGCAGCUCCCCCAAACCUCACUAGUGUCGUACGCCCUCGCGCGCGGCCUGGUGGUGAUGGGGUACAGCCCGCUCGGGGCGCUCGUGGCCCGCUUCGGAGCCCCCGCGCCGAGGACGGAGGGCGUGCUGCAGGAGCUAGCCAAGAAGUAUGGGAAGACUGAGGCUCAGGUCAUAUUGCGGUGGCUGGUGGAUAGAAACAUAGUCCCCAUUCCAAAAACAGUAAAACCGAAGCGGUUAGAAGAGAACAUCAACAUAUUCGACUUCAAGCUAGAGAAGGACGAAAUACAACGAAUUAACACGUUAAACACCAACACGAGGUUCACGUUGCCGUCCUUCUGGCAAAACCACCCUCAUUACCCCUUCGAGAAGAUUGAUAAUCCUAUACCAAGUCCGUUUGGUUAACCCUUCGAAUGCCACACCUACCUUACUACCAAACCUUGUAGGCAGAUAGGUUAUACUCAUACAUAAGGAGGACCAAAAAUACUUCCAUUUUUAUUUCUAUACCUACGAAGAAAUCUUUAUUUUUUUAAUUAAAUUUCGCGUUCCAUUCAUCUUUGUCAUACUCGUUGUUAGAAAUGAGCUUGUCUCUUUCUCUGUCGGUGAGCGAGAGCUCGUUAGCACGUGCACAUAUCUCGCUUGCCCAAGUGCGACUAAAGGUAACUUGUACAAUUUGUCACAAGGUAAGCGCUUCAAUUUCGGAACGCCUUAACAUAUCUUGAG